AUGACAACGCAGACACAAGUGCUUACAAUCUGGCCACAAACGUAUACGGUAAGCUCGUCAACGCACCCAACGUACUCCCACCUAUCCCAAUAUUUGGCUGUACCUGUUGGAACCAUAAGUCCAGCCUGGUCGGGGGGGAGUCUCCCGCCUAUGGCAGGAAGAAAUUCGGGGUCAAACAGGUCGUACGUCGACUCCGGAUGCCGUGACUUAGGACAAAUUGUCCGGCAGUGGAACGUAAAGUUCACCGGGGAAAGUCACGACAACUUUGACACCUUCCUCACGCGCAUUACGGAGUGCCGCACAGCUUCCGGAUUGACAGAAGAAGAGCUUUUCCGAGCUCUACCGGAGCUUAUGACCGGCAUGGCAGCGACAUGGUUCCGCAACGAAUGCGACCAAUGGAUCAGCUGGGCUGAUUUCGUAGCCGAGGGGCAGGAGUGGUAUGGCUCAAACGAGGAGGUACAGCGCCGUCUAACCUGGGAUGCGCAAAUGCGCACCCAGUACGCUGGUGAGCCCGUACGAAAUUUCUUAACACAGAUUAGAAAUAUCGUGCGGCGAAUUCAACCCUCGUGGCCAGUUGAACGUCAACUGGACCUGUUUCACAGGAACAUGCGACCCGAACUACAGGAUCGAGUUAGACGGGACGAGGUGUGCAGCCUGGCAGAGCUGCUACGAAAAGCCACUGAAGCCGAAUAUCUCCUGGAGUUUAGGAGUGCGUUCCGGGAGCCACCCCUGCCUGAACACUUUUACCUGCCAGAAUCGGUGUACAAGCCUAAGACUAAGGCUGUGGAGGCCAGGAAACAGCCCAAGGUUGCUGGUAUCAGCAAGACGCAACCCGGGAGCGCAAGCUCGCAAGAGAUAACUGCCCUUCGAAAGGCAAUCGAGGAGCUGCCAAAGAAAUUGGCUAGUCCUCCUGAAGUAGCUGGGUACAAGCUACAAGCGCUAUAUGACCCUGGCGCUACACACACUGUCAUGCAAGCAGUCGAGAUCCAGAUAGCGAAUGCCUGCGGUCGUCAACUACGUCUCACGCUGGGAAGCGCGGCGAUGGCCGACAGACGACCAGCACCCACCUUAGGCCUCGUCCCCCUACCCUUCGAGCUUGGAGGGGUGAAACGAGACGUGGACGUCAUAGGACUGCCCGAGUUAUACGCUGAUUGCUAUGUCAGCGCUAACUUAAUCAACGCUUUCGGGACCGUCCAGGACCCAGUCAAUAGAGUCCUGGUGAUAAAAGGACAAGAGAUCAAGGUUCCUCUGGAGGUAGCGGGGCUGACGGCAUCGGGCGAGGUUCGACUCCCCGCCAUAGGGCUCAACGAAAUUUCGUCCAAGCAACAAGAAGGGUUGCAGACACUAUUGGACCGCUACGUGGAGCGUGAAGCUCCUUUACGAUGCACUACGUGGGUCGAGCACGAGAUCGAGGUCACGACCUCGCGACCUAUCAAAACAAAGUGCAACCCUGCUUCAGACAAAAUCCAGGAGGUCAUACACGCCCACGUGAGUGAGAUGCUCGAAAGUGGCGUGGUCGAACCGUCUAAUAGUGUCUGGGCAAGUCCGGUGGUCAUGAUACGCAAAAAGGACGGAAAGUAUCGAUUUUGCGUUGACUACCAGAAGGUAAACGCUGUGACAGUACCCAACGCGUACCCUUUGCCUCACAUGGAUAAGAUCCUGCGCAAGCUGAGAUGGGCGCGUUUUAUUUCGACUCUCGAUCUCGGCAACGCGUACCAUCAAAUUCCGCUAGCUGAGAAGGAUAAACCGAUAUCGGCGUUUACGGUGCCAGGCAAGGGACUGUUUCAUUUCCAACGGUUGCCAUUUGGCUUGAGUAAUGCGCUGGCUACGCUCCAGCGACUGAUUAACCGCUACAUUGGGCCAGAGCUCGAACCAUAUGCCUGUACCUGCCUCGAUGACACACUAAUUGUCACGGAGACAUUUGAGGAGCAUCUGAAAUGGCUAGAACAUGUGCUAAAACGCGUUCGUGACGUAGGACUCACCCUCAACCUAGAAAAAAGCGAGUUCUGUCAAUCAGAGAUAAGAUACCUCGGUGUCCUUGUAAACCGAGACGGUUUACGUGCGGAUCUGGCCAAGUUAAAGCCAAUUACGGCAUUUCCAGCUCCAAAGAGUCUGAAAGGGCGUAGGCGGUUCCUUAGCAUGGUCUCAUGGUAUAGGAAGUUCCUGCCAAAUUACUUGACGGUAGUAGAGCCUCAGCAAUGGCAGGAGAAGAGCCCCCUUGUAAUGACUUGGGGUCCGAAGAAGAAGUGGUCAGAGCCCCUCAACCACCGUUGGAAAGCGGCGCUCAGGCGAAGCGCGACCCGCCUAACGCGAGCCUAA